AUGGGCAAACUGAUCAAGAAUCACUGGGCUCGUCUCAUCUGCUUGACAGCGGCAUCAUACCAAAUAGCCGCAGCACUGGAAGGAUUCUUCUGGCCAAAGUUCUUCUUCGACUGGCUCACCAAGAACUUUGACGGAGCUGUCAAGCCCGUGCCCACUCUUCAGACCAUCAACCUCAUCUUCGGACUCCUUGGAUUGGCAUACGAGUGGCCGCUGAAAAUUGUGGCUGGAACCGCAAUACACCGCAGCAUGGAAGUCCGCUUGAUGUGGAUACCGCUGGCCAGUCUGUCGAGUUUGCUCCUCUACCAGGCGACGAAUGCGGCGUUGUAUUACUUCAUUGGAUGUAUGGUGUAUUUUUGGGCGUAUAGCGAAGGAGAGGUCAUCUGCGCAGUACCGUGGACGUUGCCCAAGCGAGCAGAUCGAAGACGAGCUGAGAAGGCUUGA